AUGGGCUGCCAGGUCUGCGAGGAAAUGAAACCACCGCGCCAGGCAGUCGAAGAAAUAACUGGUAUCAAUAGCGAUCUGCUCAUCAAGAAGGUGCAGGCUCCUGGAGGCCAUAUUAUCGAGUUUCUUCAGUACAUUGGUACCGACAGCACCCACAUAAAGCCCACACCGUCCGAUGUUGGGAGCGUCCACUUGGCCUUCACGGUUGACAACCUCGACGAAACAGUCGAAGCAGUCUUGAAGGCGGGCUGCGAGUUGGUUGGGACGAUGAAGCCGAAAGAGGUCGGUACGAGUAGGCUUGUGUACGUGAAGGACUUUGACGGAGUAUACUUGGAGUUUAUGGAAGUUCCGUCGCGCUUUAAGUAG